CAUAACCCUUGGCUUAAACUUUUCUUGAAUAAUGCAGUUUUUAAAAAUUGGAGUACACACCAGAAUGCAGAACAGCACCCAAGCAGGAAAGAAGAUCGUCACUUUGUGUUAUACAAACCACCACCUCCGGAUGGCACACCAGCUCUGGUGGAAGAAUUUCUGGAGCGUGCAAAUUUCAUUGCUAAUGAUCUGGAUUGGUUACUAGCCCUUCCUCAUGAUAAAUUUUGGUGUCAGGUUAUUUUUGAUGAAACUAUGCAGAAAUGUUUGGACUCUUUCUUGCAUUACACACCUCGUCAACAUGAUGAAUUUGUGAACCCAAACCCAGCUGUAGAAGAGGUGCAAAAACAUCUUCAUCGCAGCAUUUUUAUGAUCUUUCUCAGGAUGUCCACCCACAAGGAAUCCAAAGAACACUUUAUUACUCCUGAAGCUUUUGGAGAAAUAAUCUAUGAUGGUUUUCUCUUUGACAUCCCAAAGAUCUUUGAUUUGUGUGUAAUAUUUGGAAAAGGAAAUGCUGCUCUCCUUAAGAAGAUGAUUGGAAACAUUUUUAAUCAACAACAAAAUUACUUUAAUGAUCUGAAUGAAACGGUGCCCACAAUUCUCCAGGUAUUUAGUAGUAUUUGUGACAAGUGUAACUUAAGGUUGGAAAAUCAUUCACAUUGGCCACAGAAGAUUGAUGCUCAAACCAAAGUUUCGCUCAUGGAUAUGCCUCUACAGGAAUUUAAGGAUAUUUUGCUAUAUCUAUGCGAUACCUGUACUACGCUUUUUGCGUUCUUGGAUAUCUUUCCUGAAGCUAGUAGGACAAUACAAAAGCAUGACUUUAUUCAUAGGUUAGCCUCAUUUUAUGAAGUAAUUGUCCCUGAACUAGAAAAUGCAAUCAAAAACAGACGAUUUGAUGAAACUAGUUUACAGGAAGACUUGUGGAAGAGGCUUUCUCACUCGAGGAAAAAAAUGAUUGAAACUUUUCAUCAAAUCAUUAACUACAUUUGCCUUCAGCCUAUCCUAGAAAAUGGAUCUGAACAUAUUCUGCCUUUCAUAGAAGAUUUCCUUCAGAUCUUUACAGCUCUGCUACACCAGAAGCGGUUUCUGAUGGAUUAUGAUGAGCAAUUUCCAGUGGUUGAUGAUAUCAGCCUUCUACAACAGGCAUUUCCUGCACUGUAUCCUUCGCUGUUUGGUUUGGGAGUUCAUGACAGCUAAAAUUGGAAUUUUGGGCCUUGGUUAGGAUUGGAGGA